AUAACGGCAAACCUGCUGUUUGAGUCUCCUUUUUCGAAUUAAUAGUGACUUACAGUAUUGAUCAUGGCUAUAGGAAACUUGAAUUCCUUUCUGAGAACUGCUGUUUAUAUCCUUCGACCUUUUAGCAAUUGGGAAAUGACUUGCAAUUUUACAAAUGUGACUCAAUUCACGAAAUGUUUUAUAGAUGAGACCUUUAGGAGAAAAGUCACUGCAAGCAUUUCUGGUUUUCUGCUCUUUCUAAUGUUGUUUGAGUGGGUUUCCCUUGGGCAAAACUUGUCACUGGCUGUCAUCAAAAGGCUUCUAGUUUAUCCCCAUCAGUGGAAAUGUUUGAUGGCCUUUAGAUAUUGCUACGACUUCUCAAGGAAACGCCAGUCGUUUCUGUGCUUUCCAGUGUACUAACUAGAAAUGUUUUAUGCCGACAAAAGAUUGUUAAAGUGUCUACACAGAUAACUGUUGUCUGAAGGAAACCUCCAGAGCUUACCUGUUUCCCUGCUAGCUUUAUGCCACGUGACUAGACUUCCCUGGAGAGAGCUCCAAACAUUGGCCCCAAAAGGAUGCUGGGUAAAGGCGGGGGAGGGGGGCAGGAAGUGAUCUCCCCACAUUGCUUUGGAUGGCUGAGAGCCAGCAGGGGGCGAGCCAGGAGGCUGGAGGAGAGUGAGACUAGAAGAGACUAGAAGAGUCUCUGCCCUCCAUUUAGGAAAACUGGAUGGAAACAGAACCAGCGUUUUUACACUCUUAUUGCUUCGGGCCCUCAAGCUGAUCGUUUCCUAACAUGGACCCACCGUGCAGGCCUAGUACAGAUCCCGGCCAGCCUGUAGACUCCGGGGUCAGCCGACUGUCGGAAAGGCCAAGCCCUGGAGUGGAAAUUCGUGUUUGGGGCUUUUACUUCCACGACCUUCCCCGGGAGGCUCCCGAGGCUGCUGCGGGUCUUGGCUGUCCCGGCACGGAGGCCGGCUCGUCCCCAGCAACCCCCGGCCAGUGAGGAGCCUCUUUUCCGGCUCUCUAAUCCUCCUCCACAGCAGCAGAAGGGGGCUUCCUAGACAGGCUACGGAGAAAGGGAGCCUGACACCGGAAACGGCCCGGAUCUGGCUGGACCGGACCAGGAACCCCCUUCGGGCCUCCUCCCGGCGUCUUCCUGACUGGCUUCGGGAAGCAGCGCCAGAGAAAGUCCCCAUCGGAGCACCAGAGCCCACCUGGAGAUCGGUCUGCUACCCAGAAUGCCCCGCGCGGUGCCCUCGGGCCCCCUUCCUGCCUGGCACAAAGCGGGAAUGCCGAGACCGCGAGGAAAGCGCAGGGCCCCGAGCUGUGUUAGGAGAGAGAAGAGCUGGGAACUGGGGACGCCGGAGGCCCGGGGAAAGCCAGGAGACCCGAGCGCCCUACACUGAGCGGCCCAACACAGGCUCCAGCUGCCCAAAGCCCCACCAGAGAGGAGCGGGGGCGGGGCCGGGGCCGACCCUCAGUGGGCGCGGAGAAUUGAAGGGGAGGACGGGGGGCGGGGAAGGGAGGAGGAGGGGAGAGGGGGAGCGUCCGCGCCAAGGGGCGGGGCUAUCAAGCGCCGAAACAGACUGCGCAAAGGCCUCCGGGAAGCCGGAAGUGAAGCUCGCCGCCAGUUUCUCCCCUCCUCCACGUCCAAAGCUUUCUCUGACUGCUCUCAGUAGCCGAUUGCGGGACUCCCUCCAGACCGCGCCUGCAGCCUCGGAAAAGCUGCUGGGCGGCUCCUUUCCUUGGCCUGAAGGGCUGACCUGAAUUUACUCGCCUGCCGUAUUCUCAGUAAACCUGAACCGAUUCAAGGUUCUCCCUUAUUGUGUCCAAACUCCUCAUUUAACCCUGGCAGAGACGAGGCCGGGAAAGCUGGAGGAGCUUCAGGGGGGACUCACUGGGGCUGCUUUGCUGCCUCCACAGGGAGCCUGGAGUGCCCGGGAUGGCCUUGGAGAGGGACAGACUCGCAGCCCAGGAGGUGGUUUCGUUCAAGGAUGUGGCUGUGGACUUCACAAGAGAGGAGUGGCGCCUCCUGUCCCCUUCCCAGAAGGAGCUGUACAAGGAGGUGAUGCUCGAGAAUGCCCGGAACCUGCUCUCUGUGGGACUUCCAGCUCCCCCAGAAGAAGUGAUCUCUUAUUUGGAGCAAAGGGAAACCCUGUGGAUGCUGGAGCAAGAAGGCCUGAGGAGCUGCUACUCAGAAGGAGAGAUUAGACCUGAAAUGAAGAUAAAUCCAACAGAGGUGAGUUGUCUCGUGGAAGAAAUGGACUUACAAAGAUUCAUGCAUAGGGAUCCUGAUGACUUUGCUUCUAGGGAAUUGUCUGUUGCCCAUAAAAAUUCAUCUUAUAUUGAACAUCAAAGAAUACAACCUGAAGAAAAAUCUAGUGAAAAUAAUGAGUUUAGAAAGACUUUUGUACACAGAUCCAGUCUUGCUGGACAUGAAAAAAUCCACAUUAGCAAGGAACGUUAUAUAUACAAGCAAUGUGGAAAUACAUUCAGUGAGAUCUCCAAUUUUACUGGACGUCAGAAAAUCCACAGUAGGGAGAAAUCUUAUGAAUGUAAUCAACGUGUAAAGGCAUUCAGUAUGAGUUCCCAUCUUGCUAUACAUCAAAGAAUCCAUGCAGGGGAAACAGUGUAUGAACGUAAGCAAUGUGGAAAGGCAUUCAGUCAGAAGUCCAGUUUUGCUGUACAUCAGAGAAUGAUCACUGGGGAGAAACCUUAUGAAUGUAAGCAGUGUGGAAAGACAUUCACUCGCACUUCUAGUCUUGCUAUACAUCAGAGAAUCCACACUGGGGAGAAACCUUAUGAAUGCAAGCAGUGUGGAAAGACAUUCACUCAGGGGUCUGGUCUUGCUAUACAUCAGAGAAUGCACACUGGGGAGCAACAUUAUGAGUGCAAGCAGUGUGGAAAGGCAUUCAAGUGGAGGUCUUAUCUUGCUGUACAUCACAGAAUGCACACUGGGGAGAAACCUUAUAAAUGCAAUCAGUGUGGAAACACUUUCACGUCCACCUCCAGUCUUGCUAUACAUCUGAGAAUCCACACUGGGGAAAAACCUUAUGAAUGCAAGCAAUGUGGAAAAAAAUUCAAUCAGAGGAACCAUCUUGCUGUACAUCAGAGAAUCCACACUGGGGAGAAACCUUAUGAAUGCAAGCAAUGUGGAAAGACAUUUUCUUGCACCUCCAGUCUUGCUGUACAUCUUAGAAUCCACACUGGGGAGAAACCUUAUGAAUGCCAGCAGUGUGGAAAUACAUUUACUUGCACCUCCAGUCUUGUUGUACAUCAGAGAAUUCAUACUGGGGAGAAACCUUAUGAAUGCAAGCAAUGUGGAAAGACAUUCACUCGCACCUCCAGGCUUGCUGUACAUCAGAGAAUCCACACUGGGGAGAAACCUUAUGAAUGCAAGCAAUGUGGAAAGACAUUCAAUCAGAGUUCCCAUCUUGCUGUACAUCAGAGAAUGCACACAGGAGAGAAACCUUAUGAAUGCAAUCAGUGUGGAAAGACUUUCACGUGCAACUCCAGUCUUGUUGUGCAUCAGAGAAUCCACACUGGGGAGAAACCUUAUGAAUGUAAGCAAUGUGGAAAGACAUUUACUUGCACAUCCAGUCUUGGUAAACAUCAGAGAACACACACUGGAGAGAAACCUUAUGAAUGCACACAGUGUGGAAAGACAUUCAAUCAGAGGUACAAGCUUGCUGUACAUCUUAGAAUCCACACUGGGGAGAAACCUUAUGAAUGCCAGCAGUGUGGAAAGACAUUCAAUCAGAAGUCCAAUCUUGCUUCACAUCAGAGAACCCACCUGGGAGAGGUCUUGUGAAUACCAGUAAUGUGGAACAACAUUUAGUUGUGGCUUCAAUCAUGCUCAAUGUGAAAGCCACACUAGAGAGAAACCUGAAGAAUGAAAACUGGAAAGGUGUUCAUAUUCAGCUCCACUUUUAUGUUGUGGAGGAAAGUUUCAUACUUUUUGGGGAAGCAUUCUCGAAUUAAAAAUCUCUUACCCUAAAAACUGAUUCUAAAUAUCCCAUUUAUCCUGUUCCUCCAUGCUGGCACAGACAGCAUAUAAAUUUGAUGGAGCCCUGUUUCUCACACUUCUCUACCUAUCAGGGUAGCUGAGAACAUGGGGAUUUUUGAGCAACUAGGAAAACAGUCAUGUGAUUCUAUUUUAAACAUUUAAUUUUGUGUGUUAAUCCAAAUCUUAUGUGUUUUAAAAUAAUAGUAGUAGUAGUAGUCUCUUGGUAACCGAGGAUGACUUAUGUUUUUUGUGCACAAAGACACUUGUGCAUGAAGAUUUAAGUGGAAAAGUCAAUGCAUAGAGACAGUCCCACUCUCUCGGCUUUGGAAGCCUGGGUCCAGUGGCACGAAAAGUCGUUACACCUGGAGACUUCCUCAGCUGCAUUGGAUGGCCGUGUUGUCUUUUGUGCUCCAACACUCCCUGAGCACUCCACAGUGCUUUGCUGCGUCGCCAUCUCAGCCGUUGAACCUUCUUAUUGGUUUCUUCCGCCUGUUCCACCUAAGCAGUCUUCACAUGCUGGGUGAGCAAAGCCCUAAUUCACCAGGGUCUACGACCUGAUGGCUAUCCUCACAAGGUUUAGCCAGCUUGUCGAAGCCGUUGCCCAGGGUGUGGCCGCUGCCUCAUGCUAGCAGCUACUGGGAGCCACAAGUGAGAGCUGGGUGUCAGGUGAGGGUCAGAGGCUGGAGAGCUGCCCUAAGAGGGCACGACAAGCUCUCCAUACCAGAGAUACUACCCCUCAACAAACAACAUAUGUAUCAGGAUACAGGCACUGAGUUUAAGAGUACUUUUCCUAAAUUCCUAUAUCUAUUGUUAUAGACCCUUAUUUUCUCUUCAUAAAGGAAUGAAUUCACAGAGCAAUGGAGUCUGGAGAACUACAAAAUCAACUCCAGACUCCAGCUUCCUUCCCCUCCCUAGUGUCACCAUCCACCUAUAUUCCAUAGGUCACAUCUCUGGGAUAUCCCAUAUUGAGGUAGAGUUCUGCACUGAGCAGAGUGUGGAGGAAUCUCAUUUUGGCUGUGUUGUAGAGACUGGGCAGGGCAAAAUCGGAAGUGGGUCUAGGGAGAUGUAUUUCUCCCCUAAAUUUCAGGAUACUCUAGGUAAUUGAAAGAACCUGUGCUGCCAGGAGCAGUAGUUAUUUGAGAUAAGUAAUUCGUUGCUCGUCCAUAUAGUGGGCCCUCCUUGCAGUUCUACUUCCUGUCUGUACUUUGGAGGAGUAACCUUCUUUGCCCUCCCCUCUUGGGGUAAAAAGCCAGAAGCCAAGUGUUUCCAGGGACCUGUUUUCAGGCUAAAUGACUGGGUACUGAGAACCACCUGUGGCUUAGAUAAUGGAAAGUAGACUACAAAGCAAAUUAGGGCUAAAAUUUGUUAAUUUUACCUUAGUAAUCAACACCUGUAAUAACAAAAGAUUAAGAUGAACUCUUCAUCCAGUUUUCUGGAAUUUUAAUCUGGAGAUAGAAUCUUGUUAGUUUCUGGGUUGCUUCCCUCCCAAGUGGAUGAAUCGAGGAGGGUUAGAGUCUUAAUUGUUGCUAAAAGACACAUACAUACCUGGAUUAAGGGUUCACAGUGAACAAUGUCUAUCUAGCUACUGACAAUAUGAAGGAAACAGAUUUGUACAUGCCCAGCCAGAAGAGUCCAGCUUCAAGGACUCCCACCUUACAGAAGCAGCAACAGCAACAUCAGCAGUAAGAACAGCAGCAGCAGGAGGAACAUCCAAGCAGUGAGGGAGGGAGGGAGGAGAAGGCAGCAGCAGCAAGCCCAGAAAACUUGCACAAGGCCAUGGCAGGAGAAACAUCCUUAGUUUUCAAACUAAUCUACUCCUAAUUGAGGGUUCUGAACUCCACUUCUGUGGUCACAGUAAAUAUAAGUUUAGUUUUGUGUGGGUGAACAUGUUAUUUUUAUUUGGUCAAUUUCAAACAUUAUUCAUUGGAUACAAAAACCAUUUUCUUUUCCUCCCUCCCUUCCCUCCCCCCCCCCAGCUGACGCCCAAUUCCACAGGGUAUUAUAUGUGUCCUUGAUCCAAACCCAUUUCCAAGUUAUUGGUAUUUGCACUAGGGUGUUCAUUCAGAGUCCACAUCCCCAAUCAUAUCCCCUUGGCCCCUGUAAUCAAGCAGUUGCCUUUCCUCUUCCUCGGUGUGUUUACUCCCACAGUUUGUCCUCUGCUUGUGGAUAGUUUUUUUUUUUUCCUCAUAGACUGCUGCAGAUUGUUCAGGGACAUUGCAUUGACACUAGUGGAGAAAUCCAUUAUGUUUGAUUGUAUCACAGUGUAUCGGUCUCUGUGUACAAUAUUCUCCUGGUCCGACUCCUUUCGCUUUGCAUCACUUCCUGGAGGUUGUUCCAGUCCCCAUGGAAUUCCUCCACUUUAUUAUUCCUUUGAGCACAAUAGUACUCCAUUUCAAUGCCAUUUCAAAACCCCUACCAUACCACUAUGAAUAUGGAUUCACUGCUUCCUCUGAUUAUAGGAAGUACAUAAUGACAGGGAGUCAAUGGGCUCCCAGGAGAUGAUGUUCUUUUUUAGGGUAACAGAUUUUCAAUUUCCCCUGAUGAUCAUUUCGGGAUGCUAGUAUCCCCAAUUUGAUCAUUUAACAUAAUCAACUUUUAAAUUUGAGGAAUUUGGUGAUAGAGGGGAAAAGAAAAAUCCCAUUUGCUAGGUCCAUUGACAAAAAGCCACUUAGGGAGCAGUCCCCUUCAGCAUAAGAUUAUACAUGCAAAGCAAAUGCAUUUAACCCCACAUAUUUCAGAUCACCCCAUCCCAAUGUUCACUCUGGAUCUUCUGGUGCAGUAUAUUGUCUGUGGAGUCACCUUUAUGGUGCCUACUCCAAACAGUUCACUUUCUGGAUUGGGAGAGGUAGCAUGUUUCUUAUCCUAAAAUUACUCUGAAAAGAAUUUAAAGUUUGCAUUGUAGAAUAAUAAUACAUUCCCCCCUGAAGAGGGUGUUGAAAAAUACAGAGAUCAUGUAGGGAUGCAUGGCUGAGUUAUGAGGUAUGUGAAUCAAUUGACAAGAGAAAUUAAAGACAUCAAAGAAAUCCAAAGAAAAAUAAUUUCUGGAUAAGAUACAAACUAUCGAAGUCUUGUAUAAAAAAAUUGGCUGACUGCCUUUGAAUAUAACAACAAGGCUGAGGGGAAGAUUUCCAUCCACUCUGGUCCACAGAGUGGAGACUUGCAGCCUCCUAGAUUCCUUCUUCCUACCUGCCAUGGAAUCUUGUUUGUGAGAUUCUGGCUUCCCUGUUGGAUUUAGUUUUGUUGUGUAGUUAUUUAGAUAGGUUAGCUUAGGUAAUUAAUUAUAGUGUGCAAAUAUUUUGAACCUAUGGUCAGAUAUAACCUCUCCCUCAUCCAUUCCGCAUUCUUCCUUUCAUUGUUAAUAAAUUCUUUUAUUUAAAUGUGUUUCCCUUUUGUAUAAAACCUCUUUCCUAUAAUCCCCUAUAGCACAGUCACAACUAUAGGAAGUUGCCAUAUUAUAAGACAUAAAAAAAGACUAGAUUUUUGUGUGAGAGGGAAGUGUCAUUCCCUGGUCUGAUUUUACCUUCAUGUUCAGGGAUAGGGGGAACCAGGAUGAUCGCCAAACUUCAGUACUGGUCUAUGAGUAUUUCACGAAGAGUGUGGUAAAAGGUGUUCUACUUCUUAAUUCAUGUGAAGCUCCACAACCUUAAAUCCCACACUAGCUUCAAGUCCUUUCCUAUUGGCUUAGAAGUUCAUCAGUCCUACCUGAAUUCUUUUGUCCUUUUUGACCUUGUACUUUAUUGGCAUUAUGCAAGUAGCUUUGUGCUUCUAAUGCCUCUUUUUGUAUUCCCUUCUCCUGGAAUCAGAUAGAAUCAUUAAGCAAAGCCCCAUAAUUUUUUUUAAAAAACAAUGGCAUCAUUUUUAUAGUCUAAAGGUUUCUGUGUAUGCAUUGACAUCAGGGCAAAUGUAUUUUAAACUUAUAUUACUGCAAAAUCAAAAAAGAAAGAAAAUCUUAAUCCUAUUGGCAUGUGCUUCUAACGCAAAAUGAGAGAAAAAACUGAAAUGGUAUAUUGCACAUGCAAGAGAAACAACAACGUUUUAAAAAUACAUAUAUAGUUUACAAUCAUUGACACACUGUCAGCUAAGGAAAAGUAGAAUACAAAGGUUUCUCAAUAAUGAGAUCCACUUUUUUUAAAAAACGUGGCCAUGAUCCACUGUGAGUACAUGCCAAUGAUAAAGUAACAGUUUUUUAUAAAGACCAGUAAUACAACAGGUAAUACACAUUAAAAAACUAUCAAAAUCCCCAAAGUUAUAAUAGCCCAUUUAGUGAAAAUAGCAAACCCAUUCUCAUUCAGAUCAACAUGAGUACUGUAUGACAUUUAAAGGUAAUGUAAACUUGUCAUAAUUUUUUCAGGUGUAGCAAUGUUUCAACCUUGGCUGAGAUAUUUUAAAAAAUUUAUUACUAGGUGAACACAGAAUAGUAUACAUGUCAGACCUUUGGGAAGGGAAAGAUUUUAAAACCAAGCAAGACUUAGGAAGAGUCACAAAAUGCAAAAUAAAUAAUUUUGACUACAUCAAAUUAAAAAGUUUCUGUACAAACAAAACCAAUGUAACUAAAACCAGAAGGGAAGCAACAAACUGGGAAACAAUCUUCAUAAAAACCUCUGACAAAGGUAUAAUUACUCAAAUUUACAAAGAGCUAAAUCAAUUGUACAAAAAUCAAGCCAUUCUCUAAUUGAUAAAAUGGGCGAGGGACAUGAAUAGGCAAUUUUCAGUUAAAGAAAUCAAGACUAUUAAUAAGCACAUGAAAAAGUGUUCUAAAUCUCUUAUAAUCAGAGAGAUGCAAAUCAAAACAACUCUGAUGUAUCACCUCACACCUAGCAGAUUGACUAACAUGACAGCAAAGGCAAGUAAUGAAUGCUGGAGGGGAUGUGGCAAAGUUGGGACAUUAAUGCAUUGCUGGUGGAGUUGUGAAUUGAUCCAACCAUUCUGGAGGGCAAUUUCGAACUAUGCCCAAAGGGCGCUAAAAGACUGUCUGCCCUUUGAUCUAGACAUAGCACUGCUGGGUUUGUACCCCAAAGAGAUAAUAAGGAAAAAGACUUGUACAAGAAUAUUCAUAGCUGCACUCUUUGUGGUGGCCAAAAAUUGGAAAAUGAGGGGAUGCCCUUCCAUUGGGAAAUGGCUGAACAAAUUGUGGUAUAUUUUGGUAAUGGAAUACUAUUGUGCUAAAAGGGAUAAUAAAGUGGAGGAAUUCCAUGGAGACUGGAACAACAUCCAGGAAGUGAUGCAGAGUGAGAGGAGCAGAACCAGGAGAACAUUGUACACAGAGACGGAUACACUGUGGUACAAGAGAACAUAAUGGACUUCUCCAGUAAUGGCUUUACAAUGUCCCUGAACAACCUGCAGCAAUCUAUGAGAAAAAAAAAAAACUAUCCUCAAGCAGAGGACAAACUGAGGGAGUAAAAACACUGAGGAAAAGCAACUGCUUGACUACAGAGUUUGAGGGGACAUGAUCAAGGAGACAUGCUAAAUGAGCGUCCUAAUGCAAAUACCAACAACAAGGAAAUGGGUUCAGAGCAAGGACACAUGUGAUACCCAGACGAAUCGCCUGUUGGCUAGGGAAGGGGUGGCAGGGGGUUGGGGGGGGGGAAGAAAAGAAAAUGAUGUUUCCAAUGAACAAUGUAUUAAAAUGACCAAAUAAAAUGUUUUAAAAACUAAAAAAAAGAAAUUAAAAAAAUUUAUUACUGCCAUCCUUACAAAAUGUGGCAGAGGAGUCUAGAAAAAACCCAAACUCUGUACUGUUGGUGUUGGGUCUAAAAAUGUUACUAAGAAUCUAGAUCGUUCUGGUGGAAAUGUAUAGUAAGCUGAAGAGUUACAAAUGAGAGAUGCUCCCUCUGGGGCGCCAUCAAGAGGUAUGAUACUCUGGGAUCAACUUCCCAACUCCUUUGGUAUGAGACUGUCAAAGCCUAUCCAUUCACAUUUUUACAAAUAUGGGAGGUGGGGAUUAUAAUUCUACUUCACUUCAGCUACUAAAAUGGACCCUUUACCUCUCAUUACAAAUAACUCAGAGGCAGGCAAGAUGUUCAGAAUUGUUGAAAGAAAAAAUCUAAAAAUCCAUGUUUGAAGAACCCUUAAAAUCAAUUUGAGAUAUUUAGGUCAUUAAAUUUUCCAAAGGUUGUUAUAGACUUGUAACCAGUUUUGAUGAAGUCUAUCCAUCAUCUAUAUGACAAUUAACAAUAAAAAGCCAUAUUUGUUGCCAUAUAGCUGAGCACAAUAGUUUUUAAUGAUUGGCUUAAUUUCGGCUUCAUUAGAGUGAGGUCUCCCUUUUCAUCUAUGAUACUAUCAAUUUGGUUUUCUUCUUCCCUUUUUAAAGUUAGAUUGACCAGUACUUUGUCUAUUUUAUUUGUUUUUUUUCAAAGUCCCAGCUUCUAGUCUUAUUUAUUAAAUAAAUAGUUCUUUGACAUUCAAUUUUAUUAAUUUCUCCUAUCCUCUGAAGGCUUUGAUGGGAUUAAGGCUGACUGGGUUGCUGGAUGUGCCCUGAGGUCAAAACCUCAGGGAGGGGGUGGAAAUGUGGAGUGUCUCUGCUUUUGCAACUUUGCCUCUCACUCUGCACUCAGCGUUUCUCCUCUAUCUGCUUCCCCACUGCCUGUAGGAUGCUCUGAGCCUGGCACAAAUUUGCCCUCAGGGUACUCCCUCCAGACCAGCACCUUUGCCCUUCCAGAGGUUCCAGCUGCCACUGGAGACUUAGUGCUGUAGGUGGGGGAAGGGGUUUCAGCACCUUCCUUCAUCUUUCCCCUUCAACCCAAGUGUUCUCGAAAUCUGGCUUUGGAGGGUGUACCUUUUAAGUUGAGUCCAGCAGGAGGGUUCCUUGGGUCUUUCUUGUUGUUGGAUUUGAUUUUCAGCCCCCUAGAAGCAUUUAGUUUGUAAUUGGUAAGGUAGGGUUUUCAGAGGUCAGAACUUUCGCUGCCUCUACACUGUGUGAUCUUUACAUUUCUUCCAUCUUGCUUGUUCUAGCAACCAAAAUUGUACACACCUACACUACCCGGGAAUGUGCUAGUCAAUGACAAAUCAGAAAUAACUAACUACCCACCUGGGCUGUCCUAAGCCAAACUUGAGCCACCAUUGGCAUGUGUGAAGUGCAGGAAGUGAGGUAGGGAACAGCCUCUGGAGUUCGCAUACUUCCUGUAGACAGGGCUAGGCACCCGUUCAUUCUAGGAGCUCGAGCAGGGAGGAAGCGCUCAGGCAACUUUCCUUCAGAUCGGUCUUGUGAGUAAAGGACUGAUUCCCUUCUCUGCCUUGAUCUUUCAAGGCCUAAACUCCCUCUGGCUCUGCCAGAAGGUUGAGUUAACCUCUUUCCUUGUCCCCUUCUUUCCUUCUCUGCCUCUCUUUCUUUCUUACUCCCAUCAUAAUUAAACUGCAAUAAACCUC